GUACCUUUUUAACAAAUACAUAUAUGGGUUUGCUAAAAGAUUGUACUUCGUACUUUGUAGCUUUGGCACUGAAAAAAAAAACACAAACAAUGAACCAGGAGGCCAACAAGAGCAACUCUCACGCUUCAGGGGACCCUUCCAACCCAUGUCCCAUCUGCCUCGGACCCAUCCUUCAAGAUUCCUAUCUUGACAAAUGUUUCCAUAAGUUUUGUUACAAUUGCAUUGUACAGUGGACCAAAGUGGUUGCACGCAAGCACUCUAGCCCACCUACUUCUGUAAAAUGUCCUCUGUGCAAGACAGAAAAUUUUUCUAUACUACAUGGAUAUGAUGGAAGUUCAUUUCAACGGCAUUACAUUAAUCGAGAUUUUGGAUAUAGCUUUCUCUUAACAAGAGCACACAAGUAUAGAUUACAGUGCUAUUACACUGAACCAGGUAUUGUAGAUGACAUAUUCAAUGUACUAUGGUAUUGGAAAUCUCAUAAGUAUCUUCAGCCAAACCACUGGCUCCAAAGUUGGUUGAGAAGGGAAAUACAAGCUCUUAUACAGGAGGAAGAUGUUGACAUUAUCCUUCAUCACAUACUUGGUGUGAUUGUAACAUCCUUGACAAGGAAUGACCAAAAAUAUCAUUUAAAAAGGUCUGAAACAAAACAAGAAGAGUUCAAGGCUUUAGUCUCUGACGCAGCAAGGCGUUUUCUAGGAGCAAGAACAGACCGAUUUGUAAAUGAGGUGGAACUAUUUCUUGCCUCAGGUUUGAACAUUGAAGCCUAUGAUGCAGUUUACAUGCAGCGGUUAGGAUGGAGUUAUCAUGGAGUCACCAGUGAGGCUUCUGAAGGAGCAGCUAUUGAACAGACACCUCUAAUACCUUACUUGUAUAUCUUUGAUGAGGACUCUGAUGGACCUGAUUGAAUUUCUUUGCAAUUAAAGCACUUAGAAUUGUUCUCCUUCAUAAUAUAUUGUUACUGUGCUUUGUUUUUAAAAUUAGUAAAGAUUGAAGAGCCUUAACUUGCAUA